GUCUCUCUCCCCCCCCCUCCGUUUAUUCCCCCCGCUUGGAGUGUCUGAGAAGAGGUGGGGGGGAAGAGCCGCGUCCACCAGCCAGGAUAAUUUUGGGGGGCCACCACCAUGGGAUGUACACUGAGCGCGGAGGAGAGAGCCGCCUUGGAGAGAAGCAAAGCCAUCGAGAAGAACUUGAAGGAAGAUGGCAUCAGCGCCGCCAAAGACGUGAAACUGCUCUUGCUAGGGGCUGGGGAAUCCGGGAAAAGCACCAUUGUGAAGCAGAUGAAGAUCAUCCAUGAAGAUGGCUUUUCUGGAGAAGACGUGAAGCAGUACAAGCCUGUGGUCUAUAGCAACACCAUUCAGUCGCUGGCAGCCAUCGUUCGUGCAAUGGACACCUUGGGCAUUGAGUACGGAGACAAGGAGAGAAGGGCUGAUGCGAAGAUGGUCUGCGAUGUCGUCAGUCGGAUGGAGGACACGGAGCCCUUCUCUCCAGAACUGCUUUCGGCAAUGAUGAGACUUUGGGCAGACUCUGGCAUCCAAGAAUGCUUCAACCGGUCCCGAGAAUAUCAACUCAAUGACUCUGCUCAGUACUACUUAGACAGCUUAGAUCGAAUUGGAGCUUCGGACUACCAGCCCACAGAGCAAGAUAUCCUUCGAACCAGGGUUAAAACAACUGGCAUUGUAGAAACCCAUUUCACGUUCAAAAAUCUCCACUUCAGGCUGUUUGACGUCGGAGGUCAGAGGUCAGAACGUAAGAAAUGGAUCCACUGUUUUGAGGAUGUCACAGCGAUUAUUUUCUGUGUCGCACUGAGUGGGUACGACCAGGUGCUUCAUGAAGAUGAAACCACGAACCGCAUGCAUGAGUCUCUAAUGCUCUUCGACUCCAUCUGUAACAACAAAUUCUUCAUCGAUACCUCCAUCAUUCUCUUCCUCAACAAGAAAGACCUGUUCGGUGAGAAGAUCAAGAAAUCACCUCUGACUAUCUGCUUCCCUGAAUAUACAGGUCCCAACACAUAUGAAGACGCUGCAGCCUACAUCCAAGCACAAUUUGAGAGUAAAAACCGUUCGCCAAACAAGGAGAUUUACUGUCACAUGACUUGUGCGACGGACACGAACAACAUCCAGGUGGUAUUCGACGCCGUCACUGACAUCAUCAUUGCCAACAACCUUCGAGGCUGCGGCUUAUACUGACCUCCCCUCCCCCUCCCCAUUCUGUAUAGCAAGCAACUUAUUUGGAAACAAUCACACCGAGAGGAAAAUAAAAUAUUUGAAAAAAGGCAAAAACAAAA